AUGGCUUCGCACAGUGACUCUUUGGUGGUGGUGUUUGGGGCAACUGCUGGUGCACACGGGGCUAAACUGGGCUCGGAUGAGAGGGAGCUAAUUCUCUUGGUGUGGCAAGUUGUGGAUCUACACAGCAAGAAGGUAGGGACACUACACAAAUCCCUGGUGAAAGCAGACAACUUGGAUUUAAGUGACCGGUGUCGUGAAGUGAGUGGCUUAACACCGGAGGGAUUGGGCAAAGCUGAACCACUGGACCAGGUUCUUCAGCAGUUUAGUCAGCUGGUAUCCAGUGAUUUGAAAGUACUUGGAAGGAGCAAUUAUACACUCUGCAGUGAUGGCCAGUUACUUAUUCGACAAGUCCUCCACCCAGAAACUUCUAAGAAGAACUUCCUGCUGUCAGAUUGCUUCUAUUCCUUUUAUGAUCUGCGCAAAGAAUUUCACACUUGCUACCCUAGUUCAGCCGCCGUGAAAGAUCAGAGUAUCAAGACCAUGGCAGAAUAUCUAGGCUUAGGGACAGAUGAAACAGGGGAAGACUUUGGCAUGUGGCAAGUGAAAACCAUGGUGGCUAUCAUUUUCAGCAUGCUCUCUGAGAGCUGUAGUCAUGUAUUUACUGAGCCUGAAAUUGUGAAAUACAAGUAUGAAACAGGUCCUUGUAGUAAACCUGAAACAGUGGACAGUGAGACAGUAGUACGUGCCAGGGGUUUGCCAUGGCAGUCUUCAGACCAAGAUAUUGCUCGGUUUUUCAAAGGACUCAACAUUGCCAAAGGUGGUGUGGCUCUUUGUCUGAAUGCUCAAGGAAGAAGAAAUGGGGAGGCAUUAGUUCAGUUUGUCAGUUCUGAGCAGAGAGAUCUCGCACUGGAAAGACAUAAGCAUCACAUGGGUAGCAGAUACAUCGAGGUUUACAAAGCAACUGGGGAAGAAUUCUUAAAAAUUGCAGGAGGCACCUCCAAUGAAGUGGCCCAGUUCUUAUCUAAGGAGAAUCAAGUUAUCAUCCGGAUGAGAGGCCUUCCCUUCACUGCUACUCAGGAGGAUGUCUUGCGGUUCCUGGGGCCAGAGUGCCCAGUCACAGGAGGGAAAGAGGGACUUCUCUUUGUCAAGUACCCAGAUGGCAGGCCCACAGGAGAUGCAUUUGUGUUACUUUCCUGUGAAGAAUAUGCACAGAAUGCACUUAAAAGGCACAAAGAAAUACUUGGAAAACGUUAUAUUGAACUCUUCAGGAGCACAGCAGCAGAAGUCCAACAGGUACUUAAUCGAUAUAUGUCAACACCUCUUAUUCCCACUCUCCCAACUCCCAUCAUUCCUGUCAUACCCCCACCAUACACCAUUGCCACGGGUAGCAUACGUGACUGUGUCCGGCUCAGAGGCCUUCCCUACACUGCUGGCAUUGAUGACAUCCUGGAAUUUAUGGGAGAUGCCACAGGAGAUAUCAAGCCCCAUGGAGUUCACAUGGUCAUUAAUCAACAGGGACGACCAUCAGGUGAUGCUUUUAUCCAAAUGAAAUCUGCUGACAAAGCCUUUAUGGUAGCUCAAAAAUGUCACAAAAAAAUGAUGAAGGACCGUUACGUGGAAGUAUUCCAGUGUUCAGGAGAGGAGAUGAACUUUGUUUUAAUGGGUGGCACUUUAAAUCGUAGUGGCUUAUCCCCACCGCCAUGUAAGUUACCAUGUCUUUCUCCACCAGCUUAUGCUGCUUUCCAGGCAGCAGCUGUGAUCCCAGCAGAGGCAGUGCUUUACCAGUCACAAGCCCUUUUACCAGCCACCAGGAUUCCCCAAGCCUCUGCAGCUGCUCCUCCAACUGUUAACUACUACCCAGCUCAGGCUGCUCAGCUUUAUAUGAAUUACACAGCUUACUAUCCCAGUCCUCCAGUAUCCCCCACCACAGUGGGGUAUCUUGCAGCUCCUUCAGGAGCUGUAGCUGCUGCUGCUGCCACUGCCACCCACGCUCCGAUUCUGCCCCAGCCUGGAGCAUUGGUCCGUAUGCAGGGCUUGCCAUAUAACACAGGAAUGAAGGAGAUACUCAGUUUUGUCCAGGGGUAUCAGCUCCAUGCAGAUUCCAUCCUUGUGCUUUACAUCUUUAGCGGCCAGCCCAGUGGAGAGACACUGGUGACUUUUCUAAGCCUGGAUCUAGCUAAGAAAGCAGUGGCUGAGAAAAACAGACAGCUCCUGGGAAGCCACUAUGUAGAACUGUUCCUGGUCUAACUAAACACUCUUUGGGGGAUGGGGAAAGAAUGUCGCACUAAACACUGUGCCUUUUGCAAAUAAGAAGUCUUCCCUUGCCACCUAGGCAGCAGCAAACAUGCCUUUUCAGCAUAAUAUGUUGGAAUGUAGAGUGGUACAUGUUCUGUGUUUAAUUUGAAAAAUGGCGUAUCCUAUG